AUGCAGGGAGGCUUUGGUAAUACCAUUGGUCUUGGCCAGCCGAAUGCCUUGCGGCCCGGCUCUAGUCUUCGUCCAGGAUCGCAGAUGCGGCCCGGUUCACAAAUGCGGCCCGGCUCGCAAAUGCGCCCGGGUGCACAAGUUGCCGGUAUGGGCGAAAGUCUUCAGCAGGCCGUCACUGUGACCGCCCGGGCACCCGUGACAUUAGAGGGAAUGCGGGCGGCCACACGCUCUGGCAAUGCGGGUCCCGGACGGCAAGUGGGAGAUCGCAGUUACUACAUUGGACUGCUGCGACCAAAGAUCACGGAACUCACAACGGAGAUUGAGCGGCUUAGUGAGCAGGAAGAGCUUAUCGGGAAGAAUAGCUCGGUGUUGGUACAGCUGCAGCACAGGAAUAAGAAUUUGACAGAUGAGAUUACGAAAUUGAAGGGAACCCUUGCAGAUAUUAAUCUCGCAGUAGAGAAGAGCACAUCACAGGAUGCAAACAGUGUAAAGGAACAAGCUACGAAGUUAACCCAGAUGAAUAUCGAGCAAAGGAAACAGGUGGAUCAACUGUUUCUCAAUGUAAAAGAGGCAGAGACGCAAGCGAAAAAGAAUAUGCAAACUCUAGAGGAAGAAAUUCAGCAAUUAGAUCGACGCCUUAUUGCGGAGAAUCAAGAUUACAGUUUAUACAAUGCUACACGUGAUGAGGCCUUUGGGGUUUCAGAUGCUGUACUUAAUCGUCAACACCAAGUACGUACAUUGACUGCUAGACAAGAGUUAUUGAUGACAAAACUUGCCACAGAUCCUGAUAAAAAACGGGCGGCAGAAGUUUUGCGUGAAAUUCUACGUAAACGUCAACUGAAGGAGGAACUCACUAAACAAUGUGCACUUUCAGUGGAGGAGGAACGUCAAUUACUCAUUAAACAAGUCAAAAGCGCACGUGGUGAUAUUGAAGUACUAGAGCGACAAGUAAACGAGACACGUGAGGCUCUGGGUGAGUCUAGAAGUCGAUGUAAUUUACUUGAUGAAGAGUUAAAAAGCUACAGUGGAGAAAAUCUCAAAGCAUUUCAGGAGCUACAAGAAAAGGACCGUGAAUUACAAACUUUCAUGGAUUCUCUUCCAGAGAAACAAAAGGAAGAAGCUGAUAAGAUCGCAGCCGUUCAGCAGAAUAUUUCACUAUUACUUGAACGCAUUUCACAGGCCCUUGAGCUCCGUAAACAAAUGCCCCGUGAAGGAGCACCAAGUGCUUUACAGGCAUUAGAAACUGAAGUAGAUGCGAAGCGCAAUCAAAUUCAAAAUGACCAAGUUACGCAUCAACGCCUUCAAAAGGAAUUACUCGAUCGCAAGUUAGAACUUGAAAAGGUGGAAAGUCUUGAUAGCAAGAUUAAGGCAGAGUUGCAAGCACAUGCCCUCAAGAUGGAGGAACAGUCGCAAGAGAUGGUAAAGUACAGUGAUAUGGAAGCUUUACGCCGCAAUGUUGAGCAACGCCGUGCGGAUCUUGUUAAUGAACGGGAUUUCCUUACAAAAUUACGUGACUCUUGUAAACAGCAGAUGAACGCAGCCAGUACAUCUAAUGAAAAUAUGCGUAAACGGCUUAAUGAAGAUGCGGCAUUCCGUUCUAUGUCUACAUUGGAGGGACGUUUACGACACCUACGCCAAUCUGCCUUCUCUCUUGAGGAGUUUGUACGACUGAAGGGGAAGGAAAGUUAUUAUCUUAGCGUCAAGACAGAAUGCCUACGUCUUGUGGAGGAAAUCAAUUUAUUGCUGAAAGAUACGGACCGAGGUCACGGCGGCGAUGGACAUCCUGUCCUGCUUGUCGGUGACCGAUAA